AUGCGUAAAUAGCACAUACAUAAGCUUACGUGAACGAACAUAAAUACAUAAGGGUACAUACAUACAUUUCAAGUGUACAUGCGUUACAUGCUUAUUUGUAUACGAACACAAACGCGAACACGUACCAUAUGUGAGCAGAGCUAAAUUAAAAAAAAAGGAGAAAAAAACGCGCGACCAAAAAGAAACCCUUAAAAGAAGGAAGAAGAAGAAAAACGUACAUCCAUGCAUCCUACGAAAAAAAAAAAAAAAAAUUGCGUUAACAUCUUCUCCUGAAAAAUACGGCCAUACGAAUUGAGUGCCACAUAACUCAGAGAGUUAUCAUUUGUAGAGUUUCCCAAAGCUGAUAAUUUUACAAAAACUACAGUUCACAUCCCCUACAUUUAAGAAAGUGAAAAAUGUUUUUCUCUUCUGGUUUCCCCUUUGAUUCUAUGGGCGGGCAACAAACCCGUAGGAAAAGAGAAGUGAACAAUUCAAAAUAUUACGAAGUUUUGAAUUUAAAAAAAAACUGCACCACAGAUGAAGUAAAAAAAGCGUACAGAAAAUUAGCCAUAAUACAUCACCCAGAUAAGGGAGGAGAUCCAGAGAAAUUUAAAGAAAUCUCGAGGGCAUACGAAGUUCUGUCUGAUGAGGAAAAAAGGAAAUUGUACGACGAGUACGGAGAGGAAGGUCUCGAAAAUGGAGAACAGCCAACCGAAGCAACCGAUCUGUUUGACUUCAUACUGAAUGCAGGAAAGGGAAAGAAAAAGAGAGGAGAAGAUAUUGUGAGCGAAGUGAAGGUAACUCUGGAGCAACUAUACAACGGAGCGACCAAAAAAUUAGCCAUAAGUAAAGAUGUUAUAUGUGCCAAUUGUGAAGGUCAUGGUGGACCAAAGGAUGCCAAAGUGGACUGCAAGCAAUGCAACGGAAGAGGAACUAAGACCUACAUGAGGUAUCACUCCAGUGUAUUACACCAGACGGAAGUAACCUGCAAUGGAUGUAGAGGAAAGGGAAAAAUAUUUAACGAAAAGGAUAAGUGUGCAAAUUGUAAAGGAGGAUGCGUUUUAAAGACAAGAAAAAUUAUCGAAGUGUAUAUUCCAAAGGGAGCCCCAAAUAAACAUAAAAUUGUAUUCAAUGGGGAGGCAGACGAAAAACCAAAUGUAAUUACAGGAAAUCUUGUGGUCAUACUGAAUGAGAAGCCACAUCAGCUAUUCAGAAGAGAAGGAGUCGAUUUGUUUAUCUCACAUAAAAUCUCCUUGUACGAAUCGUUAACCGGUUUUGUUGCAGAGAUUGUGCACUUGGAUGAGAGGAAAAUUUUAGUCGACUGUACAAACUCUGGAUUUGUGAGACAUGGAGAUAUUAGGGAAAUAGCGGAAGAAGGAAUGCCAACGUAUAAGGAUCCAUUUAAAAAGGGAAACCUAUACAUUACCUUCGAGGUGGAGUACCCCAUGGAUUUAAUCAUAACAAAUAAGGAGAAGGAAAUUUUGAAAAUUUUAAAAAAACAAAAUGAAAUUGAAAAGAAAUACGAUUUGGAAAAUAGCGAAUGUGAAGUUGUCACAUGCCAGACGGUCGACAAGGAAUAUCUGAAACAGAGACUGAGCAAGCAGCAACAGCAGGAAGCCUACGAUGACGAAGAUCAUCAACCCGAGAUGGAGGGUCAGAGAGUCGCCUGCGCGCAGCAAUGA